CAAGGCACUGAGGCGCUAAGCCGACGGCAACGUGUGGCGUCACGUGACGGGGAGCGGGCCUCUAGCGCGUGCUUACGCACAGCCCAAGGGGCCGCUGACGGGCGAGUGCGCUCCUGCGGAGCCGAAGACGGAGGCCGGACCAACAGGGGCUGCGGGGGCCUCGGGGUCCGACGAAGGGGCAGGGCGGGGCCAGCUCAGGGACCGGGGCUACCACACAAGAGCGAGCGCCUGGGCCCGAGGGGAGCUAUGCUGUGGUUCCAGGGCGCCAUUCCGGCCGCCAUCGCGUCGGCCAAGAGGAGCGGCUCCGUCUUCGUGGUGUUCGUGGCAGGUGAAGAUGAGCAGUCUACACAAAUGGCUGCAAGUUGGGAAGAUGAGAAAGUAACAGAAGCAUCUUCAAACAGUUUUGUUGCUAUUAAAAUUGAUACCAAAAGUGAAGCCUGCCUACAAUUUUCACAAAUCUAUCCUGUAGUGUGUGUUCCAUCCAGUUUCUUUAUUGGAGACAGUGGAAUUCCCUUGGAAGUAAUAGCAGGAAGUGUUUCUGCAGAUGAACUUGUUACGAGAAUUCACAAAGUCCGACAGAUGCACUCACUAAAAGGUGAGACAUCAGUGGCAAAUGGCAGCCAGUCAGAAAGUUCAGUGUCUACUCCGUCUGCCUCAUUUGAACAUAACACUUCUGAAAAUUCUCAGUCUGGAAAUGUAGAGUUUUGUGAGACACCAUCUACUACUGAUACAAAGUCAGAUGGUGCAACAGGAGGAGAAAAUUCAGGCCCUGCCACUCCCUGUCAGGAGCCUAGUGGAUGUUCAAAUCAGAGACCUGCAGAGGACCUCACCGCCAGAGUGGAAAGACUAACAAAAAAACUUGAAGAAAGGAGAGAAGAGAAAAGGAAAGAGGAAGAACAGAGAGAGAUUAAGAAGGAAAUUGAGAGGAGAAAAACUGGAAAAGAAAUGUUGGAUUUUAAAAGAAAACAAGAAGAAGAAUUAACAAAAAGAAUGUUAGAGGAAAGAAACAGAGAAAAGGCAGAGGAUAGGGCAGCUCGAGAGCGUAUAAAACAGCAGAUUGCAUUGGACCGUGCAGAGAGAGCUGCUCGCUUUGCAAAGACAAAGGAAGAAGUAGAGACAGCCAAAGCUGCUGCCUUGCUGGCCAAACAGGCAGAGAUGGAAGUCAAGAGGGAAACUUACGCAAGAGAGAGAAGCACUAUUGCAAGAAUUCAAUUCCGUCUUCCUGAUGGUUCUUCUUUUACAAGUCAGUUCCUUUCUGAUGCUCUUCUAGAAGAAGCCAGGCAGUUUGCUGCACAGGCUGUUGGCAACACUUACGGUAAUUUUUCACUAGCAACCAUGUUUCCCAGGAGGGAGUUUACAAAAGAAGACUAUAAAAAGAAAUUAUUGGAUUUGGAACUUGCCCCAAGUGCUUCAGUGGUACUGUUGCCAGCAGGAAGACCAAGUACAUCCAUCAUACACUCUUCCAGUGGAGACAUUUGGACACUGUUGGGGACAGUACUUUACCCAUUCCUUGCCAUCUGGAGGUUGAUUAGCAAUUUUUUAUUUAGUAGUCCUCCUCCUGCGCAGUCCUCCAUGAGAGCAACAUCGUCAGAACUUUCAAACCCUGGAUCAUCUAGCAAAUCAGAAAAAAGGGAAUCAGUCAGAAAAAGAGUGCUGGAAAAACGUGGGGAAGACUUUAAAAAGGAGGGGAAGAUAUAUCGAUUGAGGACUCAAGAUGAUGGUGAAGAUGAAAAUAACACUUGGAAUGGAAAUUCUACUCAGCAGAUGUAGUGUGACAAGUACAAUACAUGCAAUAAUCAUUGCUUCUCUCAUGAUUUAAUUCAACCAAAAUUCUACUGGAGAAGUACUGCUUUACAUUUUCCAACUGAUCUGAGUUUCUCUUUAUUCCUGCUGGGUGGGUGUGGGUUCAAGUUGUUUAAGUCAGAAAAUUCAAGACAUAAAAUAACUGGCUGCUAGGUCUUUGCAUAUAGUAACCAACUGCUAGAAGCCUAAAAGAAUCAGAAGUUCUGCCACAGCUCCCUCCAUUAGCUUCUCAUUCAGUAUUUCAUGUAUCCAUUAGCCCUGUGCUUUCAGAAGACCAGUUUUGUUUAGGGCCAUUUUGCUCCAAGACUCUUAACUUACACAGAGUAACUGGUAUGUCACUGAGUAAUAUGACUCUGAGUCGGGGCAUUUUAACUAGCCAUUCAUAUGACAAUUUAUGUUUAACUUUUCUCACUGCAAGCAAAAUCUUGUAGUUUUUAAUCUUACUUAAACACUGAAUAAAAAAUCUUUUCCCAAAA